UCACAAUUGUUUGGUUUUAAGAUUAUUGAAGAAGGUUUCAUAAAAGCAACUCAAAGGGGUUUGCUUUCUUUUGAUGGACAAUUUUGAAGAGCUUCUGGAAGAGGAUGUGGUUUUUUCCGGCGAGAAAGACGACCAGAACGCGCCCGAAAAGACCUGGCUUCCGGUGAAGAAAACGAUGGGCUGCUCUCAAAGGAAGAUGUCUCUUCCCGUUUCGAUUCCGGUUAAGAUAACGGGGAGCCAAUGGAAGGGCGGUUUCCAUUAUGGAGAUGAAGAAGAAGUUGAGGGCGAGGGCGAGAUGGUUCCUCCUCACAUUUUGGUGGAGAGGAGAAUGGCUGGGAGUUGUCGGAAAACGGCGUUUUCAGUUUUUGAUGGUAACGGACGGACGCUUAAAGGGCGGGACUUGAGGCGUGUUCGUAACGCUGUGUUGAAACAGACCGGUUUCUUGGAAGGUUACAUUUUUUGACCAACCAAAUAGAAAACUCUCUCUCUCUCAUGAAUUCUCCAUUUCUCUUUGUAUAAACCAAAGUUACUAAUUUUUUUGAGCAAAUGUACUUUCUCUCCAUCUCUUUGUUAGAAGUACAGUGAAUUGGGUGCUUGUAAUGAGUCGAAGAAGAAAACCAGAAAAUGAGUUUGUUUUCAACUUCUUUUUAUAUAGGUAUCUCUUGGCAAGAUUUUGAG